AUGGCAACGAACAGACCCCCCGACCGUGACAUCUCCUACAAUCCCAACAUCAUAUCCACCAGCCAAGUCAUUGGAUUAGUCUACGACCUCAUCGUCCUCAAGCUUCUGCAUGUCUCAACCGUCAUCAUACGCGUCAUCAACGGGCCUCAAGCGGAAUCGACGAAUCCCUUGCGCUGGGCCAUCUCAAGGCGGGAGCUGCUGAUCACUGAGGUCCUGCUGGCGACAUUCUUCAGGUACGAUACGGUGAUUGACGACCCGGCGGAGAGGGACCGCGUGCCUGGGACUGGGCUUGAAAACGGGGAAGCUGGAACUGGGACUGGAGCUACUGUCAGGGGUGGACCUGUGCCUGUAUCCAGGGCUGUGUUGUCGCCGACGCCUCGGAAUCCCGCCGAUGACAUAGCGCAUGUGGUCCAGGAAAAUGAUCUGAAGCUCCAGGAUUUGCAGACAGCGGAGGGAGCUGACGGGGCGAAUCUGACUCCGAGUCCGUUGGUGCGUCUUACCUCGACCGGCUCGACUGCGCGAGAGUCAUUGGGUUCGUCGGAGAGACUGGGAGUUGAGAACGAGCUCGAGCACGGAGUUAAAAGCCAAGUCCCAAAAGUCGAGGACAGUUCGUUCACUCGUCCGAUUCUGAAUCAUUCCGCUUCUGCUGUGUUCGAUAGAGCCACCGAGGCCACUCAGACCCGCUCGGACUAUGGCGGACUCAGCCGCCAUCGCACCGUCAAUUGGAUUGCCCAGUACCCUGUCACCGAUAUUGAGGCGCAUCCUAUCUCCCUACGACGACACCACGGCAUCACCGAGUCUCAAUUGGUCCAGGAGAGGAAGAGACUGAAGCUGUGGCGAUCUGCAGAUGACCGGUUCGCGAGUGCUGACGGAUUGGAACUAGGAGCAAUGGGCAUGUCGGACACGCCACGGCGCGGAAUGCGCAUUCGCAGCGUCACUUCGGUGAGGCCGUUUUCCGAGGUGUAG